AUGAUGAAGAUGAACCGUGUGAUCUGUGUGUUGGCCGUUGUGCUGUGCCUCGCCUGCGGGUAUGCCAUGGCUUCUGGUGCUGGUGAGGUCAAAAGAAGUGCAGUUCAAGCUAGAGAUGAAGCAGCAGGAGAAGUGGAGGGGGGAGGAAUGACGGGGACCCCAACAGACCCAGAACAAGUAUUACCUCCUCCAGGUGAAACCCUCCCGGAAGACGAAGAAGAUGAUGAUGAGGAAGAACUUCCUGCCCCUGAUGAUGGCACUGGAAAGGACCCAGAAGAAGAGGGUGGAGAAGACACAGAAGUCCCUGGGAAACCUGAUGCACCCGAGAACCCAGAGAAUGGCAAUCCACAACCUCCUGCAGGAGAUGAUCAAGAAACCCCCGACCAGAAACCGGAGGGUGACAAACCAUCAACACAAGAACCCACUUCCACUAAUGCACCAAGCAACGAGCAGAAGCCGGGCGAUGCUGACAGCAGUUUCAGCCCUGUGUGGAUGCGCACUGCCGCACCUCUGCUGAUUGUGGCUGCGUUGGUAUUGUAA